CGAUGUCUGCUAUUCGUUCCCUUCGUCAGCUUUCCCUUUCCUCUUCUCGUGCUGUUUAUGCGCGAUCUACAACGUGUGUGUCCCGUGCGUGCCUUGCUUUCCCUGCCAGACAGGUGUUGCCGUCGCGAGCUUUUUCCGUCUCUGCGCGGGCUUGGGGACACGGAACCACUAACGUUGCCCUGUCAACAAAACUCGAGGAGGAGCUGAGCUACGAGCUGGAGGAUGUUGCAUCUAAGGAGGUUCCAGAAUUCUUGGCCAAGUUCAAGAAAGCUGGCACUUGGACUAUUGAGGACCGCAAGUCUAGCGAAGAAGUAGUUCUUGCCCGAAAAUUUGGCAAUGAAGAUAUCCGUUUGACGUUUGCCAUCUCCGAUCUCAGGAAUCCCGAAGAAUCCUAUGAAGACGAGGAACUCGAUGAAGAGGUCGAAGAGAAUGAAGAUUCAGAGACCAUUGUCUCCUAUCCUAUCCAUGUGGCCCUGACCAUUUCCAAGGGACUUAAUCAUGGUGCUCUGGCCCUAGACAUGGUUUGCCAGGACGGCCAAUUCGUUAUUGAUAACGCCGCUUACUACCAGGAUGCUGCAGUCGGCACAAACCUUACCGCCGAAGCCGACUGGAAGCGUCGGGGGCUGUACUUGGGACCUCAGUUCGAUAAUCUUGAUAUAGCUCUUCAGGAAGAAUUUGAACGGUAUUUGCAAGAGCGCGGUAUUGAUGAGAGUCUUGCUACCUUUAUCCCUGAAUAUGCCGAACACAAGGAGCAGGAGGAAUACACGCACUGGUUGAAGGCCGUGAAGAACUUUGUUAAUGCAUAA